AUGGAUAUGAUGGUAGCAGCUACAGCCCAGGACUUGCUGCAGGAGUGGGGACUUCCCUGUAGCUGUGUAUGCAAAGGUAAAAGACCCUGCUUUUGUGAUAGCAUGAAAGGUAAUAAGGGUGAAAAAGGCUUUCCUGGUGUUCCAGGUCCACCUGGUCAUAGAGGCUUUCCUGGUCCAGAAGGGCCUCCAGGGCUGCAGGGACCAAAGGGUGCUCCAGGGCUUACAGGCUUAGUUGGACCCAAAGGUAUACGAGGAGUCCCAGGAAUACCUGGAUUUUCAGGUCCCCCAGGCCUUCCAGGUGAACCGGGAACUGUUGGUCCUCCUGGGCGCUCAGGUAUUCCAGGAUGCAAUGGCACAAAGGGUGAUCAAGGUUUUCCAGGUCCUCCAGGUAGAAGAGGUGCUCCAGGCAUUCCAGGUAUUGCUGGCAUCAAAGGAGACAAGGGGUGCCCUGCAGAUGGAUAUAACCAAGGGUAUGGUGCAAAAGGUGAUCCUGGAUUGCCAGGAAUGCCUGGACUUCAGGGUGCCAAGGGUGCUCAAGGAUAUUCUGGGGAAUUUGGACCACAGGGCCCUCCUGGAGCUUCAGGCAUGCCAGGGAAAGCAGGACCUCCUGGACCUAAGGGUCUUAUGGGACUGAAAGUAAUAGGAACCAAAGGAAGAAAGGGUGACACUGGGUUAACUGGACCCCCUGGACCACCAGGAACCGUUAUUGUGACAUUAAGUGGACCAGACAACAUGACUGACUUGAAAGGAGAGAAAGGAGAAAAAGGAUCAAGAGGACUUCCAGGGCCAAUGGGCUUUACAGGGCCGGUUGGUGAUUCUCAGAGUGAAAAGGGUGACCGAGGAGAACCGGGACCACAGGGUAAACCUGGAAAAGAAGGUGCCCCAGGUCCACCUGGCUUGCCGGGGCAAAAGGGUGAACAGGGCAAACCAGGACUGGCUGGCAGGCAAGGAGCUAAGGGGAUGAAAGGAAACACUGGUCCACCUGGAGCUUGUGGUCGAACAGAGUAUUAUGAUAAUGUGGUUGGUGAAAAAGGAGAUGAAGGACACCCCGGACCUCCAGGACCAAAAGGUCAACGUGGCAUGCCUGGGCCACAGGGUCCUCCCGGAGAUGCUGGUAGACCAGGUGUGUCAAGACCUGGUCUGAGAGGUCCCCCAGGAUUUCCUGGGCCAAAAGGAACAAAAGGAGAGAAAGGACAAACUGGCUUGUGUAUUGUAGGCCCUCCAGGACUUCCUGGUAUUACUGGCAGACCUGGUUCUGUUGGAUUACCAGGUCCUCCAGGAGAACCAGGUAGAGUAACAUUUAGAACAGGCUUACCUGGACUUCCUGGAGAGCCAGGGUGUACAGGACCUCCGGGACCUCCAGGAGAUAUUGGCAUGAAAGGUGAUGAAGCUUGCGUGUGUACUGACUGCAGCUAUGUUCCGGGAAUACCUGGUCUUCCUGGUUCUCCUGGGCCCCAUGGCCAAGAUGGCAUGCCUGGUAGAAAAGGAACAACAGGUCAAAAAGGUUCUCCAGGUUCUCCAGGAGCACCAGGGUUUCCAGGAGCUCAAGGACCUGCAGGUUUUAGAGGAGAUCAAGGGCAUAAAGGAUCAAAAGGUGAGCCAGGAUAUGUGUAUCCAGAAGGGCCAAAAGGUGAGCGAGGAGAUCCAGGGGCAAGGGGAGACAAAGGAAGAAAAGGUUCAAGUGGAUUUCUGGGAAGACCUGGCUCUAAAGGAUCCAAGGGUUCUAAAGGUGAAGAGGGAUUGGCUGGUUCAAAAGGAGAGAGAGGACUACCUGGGUUGCCCGGCAGUCUUGGUCUUCCUGGAGAGAUGGGGCUUCCUGGACUGCCAGGAUAUGGACCCCAAGGAAUAAGAGGUUUCAAAGGCUCUAAAGGAAUGCCUGGUCCACCUGGAUUACCUGGAGAAGCUGGUCUGAAAGGAGAGACCAGUAGGAUAACUCCAUUACCUGCGUUGCCAGGACCUCAAGGACCAGAUGGUUUACCUGGACCCCCAGGAGUGCCUGGUAGGGUUGGAGCAAGAGGUCAGCCAGGUGAUUCAGGACAUCCAGGGCCAACAGGUGACACAGGCUUUCCAGGGCUUGGAUUUCCUGGAAACCCAGGUCCAAAAGGAGAUAAAGGACUUGCAGGAGGCAGAGGGUCACCAGGUUGUGAAGGAAAGAUCGGAGAUCCGGGCCGAGCUGGAAACCUAGGACAACCAGGAGAAAAGGGUGACCCAGGCAUGGUUAUUCCUGGAGAGCCAGGUAGACUGGGUUCACCAGGAGGUCAUGGCAUUCCUGGCUCAAAAGGUGAUACUGGAUUUCCAGGACUUCCAGGCCUACCAGGGCGUGCUGGACAUGAUGGUGAUGAUGGCCUGAGAGGAGAUCGUGGCUCACCUGGAGUUCCUGGAGAUCCAGGUUUUCCAGGGAAACCUGCUGAAUGUAUUAUUGGUCUGCCAGGUUUGCCAGGUGGCCAGGGAGCUACAGGCCCACCAGGAGGAAGAGGGUCGCAAGGUUCAAAAGGAAAACUAGGUCUUCCUGGCUUGAGUAUCCCGGGAAUCUAUGGAAAGCCUGGGGAACCUGGAUUAAUAGGUCUUCAGGGAAAUACAGGAUUACCUGGUCCCAAAGGACAGUCUGGAAGGCCAGGAAUCUCUGGUGUGCCAGGCUCAAGGGGAGAGCCAGGUAUAAUGGGUCUGUUAGGAAUUCCUGGCCCCCCUGGCAUGAUUGGAAGACCAGGCAACAUGGGUAUCAGAGGUUCUUCCGGCUUUCCAGGACUAAAGGGAAGAAAAGGGUUUCUUGGAGCAAAAGGCGAACCAGGUGAUAAAGGUUUUCCUGGACCAUCUGAAACCUUGGUUGGUAUUGGGACUAAAGGAGAACAAGGCUUAAAAGGAGUUCAAGGAAGAGUGGGUCUAAGAGGAGAAAAAGGAGAUGCCGGUAUGCAAGGUCCCCCAGGUCUUGAAGGGUCUGAAGGAAUACCUGGUCUACCAGGUGUCAAAGGAUUUAUGGGUCUUCCAGGUAUUCCUGGAGGACAAGGAUUUCCAGGUGCACCAGGAAACAAAGGGAACAUGGGAAUUCCAGGUCCAAAAGGACAGAAAGGAUCUCCAGGCUUUCCUGGACCAUCAGGUGACCCUGGUCCACUGGGCUAUGGUGGCUUUCCAGGUGACAAAGGAGACCCUGGGUACCCAUCUGCUGGGCCUCCAGGAGAACCUGGUCCAAAGGGAGAUCCAGGCACCCCAGGAGCUUUGGGCAGUAAAGGGGAAAAAGGAUCCCAAGGUUACCCAGGACAUGAAGGAGUACCAGGACCACAUGGGAUCAGAGGGGAAACUGGAGAUGCAGGGAUCCCAGGGAAGCUUGGACCUCCUGGAGAUACUGGUGUUAAAGGACGGCAGGGCCGCCCAGGACAACAGGGCAUUACAGGCCCUCCCGGUGCUGUUGGAGACCCUGGAAAAAAUGGACUUGUUGGUGAAAGAGGUAAUCAAGGUCAGGAUGGUAUGCCUGGUCCCGCAGGAGUAAAGGGAGAACCAGGAGCACCAGGGAGAGGAAUCCCUGGCCUUCGAGGUAUUCCUGGUCGUAGGGGAAUCAAAGGGGACAUGGGACUGCCUGGUUUUCCUGGGCCACCAGGUAUGAAAGGCCAUCAGGGUGAUCAAGGACCCAUUGGACCGCCUGGCUUAGUGGGGUUACCUGGAUUUCAAGGUGCAACAGGCAUGGCAAUUACUGGCCAAAAAGGGAACAGAGGUAUUGCUGGUGCAGAUGGAAGACCAGGUGCUCCCGGUUUUCCAGGGCCUCCUGGUCUUCCCACUGCCAGCAUAAAAGGAAGCAAAGGUGUUAGAGGGGCAGAUGGCAUACCAGGGCCAACAGGCCCAGCUGGCGACAUUGGUCCUCCCGGUCCAAAAGGAAUAGAAGGUCGAUCAGGUUAUCCUGGUGCUAGAGGGGACCCUGGAUUUCUUGGAUUUCCAGGUGUAAAAGGAGAAAAGGGUAAUCAAGGACCCGCUGGACCACAAGGUGCAGAAGGGCCAAGGGGACCAAAGGGCCAGCAGGGUCCACCUGGAGUCCCUGGGAGAAUAUUCUCCAUCCCAGGAAGCAAGGGUCCUCCUGGACUGCCAGGAAUCCCAGGAACACCAGGUGAUCAAGGAAUUCAGGGGAUUCCUGGACUACAAGGUCCUAAAGGAGUAAAAGGUCUACCAGGAAGUUUUGGUCAUCCAGGUCAACCAGGACUGCCUGGACCAAAAGGAGACAGGGGAUUUCCAGGACAAAGAGGACAACCUGGACUGAUUGGCUUUCCAGGUCUACAGGGGUCACCUGGAUCACCAGGUACUAUCAUCGCUGGUCCAACAAGAGGAGGUUUUAUCUUUACCCGGCAUAGUCAAUCAACAAAGAUUCCUUCAUGCCCACAUGGGACAUCGCAAAUCUAUGUUGGCUAUUCGCUGCUUUUUGUGCAAGGAAAUGAACGAGCACAUGGACAAGAUCUUGGAACAGCUGGUAGCUGCUUGCAGAGAUUUACCACCAUGCCAUUCUUAUUCUGUAACACCAAUGAUGUUUGUAGUUUUGCUUCUCGCAAUGACUAUUCAUACUGGCUGUCAACUGCAGCAGUAAUGCCAGUAGACAUGGCACCGAUUUCUGGCAGGGCACUGGAGCCCCAUAUAAGCAGGUGUGUUGUCUGUGAAGGGGCUGCAAUGGUUAUAGCAGUUCACAGCCAAACAACUGUAGUUCCUGCAUGUCCAGAAGGCUGGAUAUCUCUCUGGAAGGGUUUCUCUUUUGUUAUGUAUACAAGUGCCGGCUCAGAAGCUUCUGGCCAAGCAUUGGCAUCUCCUGGAUCUUGUUUGGAAGAAUUUCGAGCCAUCCCAUUCAUAGAGUGCCAUGGCAGAGGGACGUGCAACUACUACACAAAUUCCUACAGUUUCUGGUUGGCAUCGUUAAAUCCAAGAAGAAUGUUCAGGAAACCUCUGCCACAGACUUUGAAAGCAGGAGAACUAGAAAAUAUCAUCAGCCGUUGUCAGGUCUGCAUGAAGAGGCCAAACUAA